AUGGAGUCAGAUACACCUCAGUCAGAGUCUGCUCGCGCUCGCGAGUUAAUCGCAAAGCUUAGGGGUAAAUACGGCUUCGUCCAGAAAAAGCACUGGGACGAGCUCAGUGAAGAGGGUCGCGCCGUGUGCCAGAGAACCAUCAGCAAUCUCCAGGGCCAAUUCGAGCCGGCCAUCAAGUCGCUAGCGAAGAGUCUCUAUAGUAGUACGGCUCGGUUUGUGUUUGAGCUCUUGCAGAAUGCUGAAGACAACAACUUUCUCCACGCCGAAGGCCGCCCGUACGUCUCCUUCCACCUGAGCAAAGAUCAGUUGGUCGUUGAGUGCAAUGAAGAUGGCUUCACCCCAGCCAAUCUGGAGGCUAUCUGCUCAGUUGGAGAAAGCUCCAAGUCGGCCACCAAGGGAUACAUUGGCGAGAAGGGCAUCGGCUUCAAGUCUGUGUUCAUGGCGGCGUGGAAAGUGCACAUUCAGUCUGGCCCCUACUCCUUCUACUUCCAGCAUCGUCCGUCUGAUAGAGGCAUUGGAAUGGUCACACCAAUUUGGCAGGAGCCCACUGAGGAGCUGCCUCAGCACAUGACCAGAAUGACCCUCCAUCUCCAUACUGAGGGUGAUCUUCAAACCAUCUCGGCCCAGCGGGAUAACAUCCGUCAGCAACUCCGCAAGCUUAACGGAAAUGUUCUGCUGUUCAUGAGGAAGCUGGAAGAGAUUCACAUCAUUAUCGACGAAGAUGGGACCAAAACCUCAACCGUCUUCUCCAAAAGCGAGACCUAUGAUGGCAGGAUCAGGAUACUCAGGACAGUGGCGCAAGACGAUAGCAAUAGCUCGGAUACCUCCUCGACCCUUUACCACAUCACAAAACACCAAGUACCCAAUCUCUCCAAAAACGAGAAUCGUACCUACUCGGAGGAAGAGGAUCGACUGAAGGAGUACUCCACUGCCGAAGUCGUCCUGGCGUUCCCUCUCACGCCCGAGCAUGAGCCCGUCAUCGAGUCGCAGGAGGUCUUUGCAUUCCUACCUGUCCAAACCGCGGGCUUCUCUUUCUUGAUCCAAAGCGAUUUCAUGGCAAAUGCCAGCCGAGAACACAUCGUCACCACUGCUGCGCGCAACAUUGGUCUCCGUGACGGCAUCUGCGAAGCCUUUAUCAAAGCGGCCUUGGAGUUUUGCAACCACGAGACUCUUCAAUACACCUGGAUACAGUUCCUUCCCGACAAGGAAAACAAAGUGUACUCUGAAUUUUGGUCCACCUUGGUCACAAACAUUGAAGCAAAAGUUCGCGAAACGCCGCUGGUUCGGCCGGACAGUGGAGGACCUUUACGUUUCAUCAACAGCCUUCGCAAUCCAUGUCCUCAGUACGUUGACGAGGAAAACAACCUUCUGCUCAGGGAUCUUACCCCAGAGCUCAGAAUAUCUCGUCACUAUGGUCGUUCUAGUCUUGCUAUUCUCGAAAACCUGGGGUUGGUCAACUUUGAUUGGCGAGACUUCAUUCGCAUGGUCGACCAAGAUCUCCAGUCCGCAGAUUCUUGGAUCAAAGCUAGGAUUUCUUGGGCCCCCGUACAAACGAAGGUGGCCCAUAUGCUUCAUAGUUACUACGCAACAACGAAAAAUGACUCGACAAGGUCCAUGAUUGAGAAGUUGCCCAUCAUUCAUUUGCGAGAUGGCCGUUGGCUUGCCGCGACAACCGAGGAGAAGGUCUUCUUCCCGGACACAGCAGGACUCGCAAUUCCCGAAGACCUUGAAUUCAGCCUUGUUAAUUCGUCGCCAGCAGCUCUCCCGGAAUGGCGUCAACUCUUCGGAUGUCUUGGCGUUAUGUCCCUCAGUGUCAAUAGUGUUCGGGAACGAAUCUUCCAACGGCACAAGUCGUACUGGCAUGGUCCUGGAAAAAGACUUGGAUUUUACGUGCAGCAGCUCAAGUUCCUAUACUCUACGCAUGAUCGCAAGACCCAUCAUAUGAAUGGUUAUUGCGAAGUUCUCCUGAUUGAUGACGGUAUCAAUCAGAGGACGAGGGCCAGUGCUGAUGUCUACCUACCAGACGAUGAUCCCCUCGGGCCGCGAGAGCUCCUCAAACCAAUCGUAUGCGACGACAGCUCCGCCAAAGGAGCCCCAGGUUUUAAAGUCAACUUUCUACACGAGUUGUAUCUCCAGGGAGUCCCAACCCCCCCAGAGCAAGGUUCUCUCACCUGGAGGGACUGGCUUGUUGAAGUCAUGGGCGUGCGACGACUAUUGCGGCUCGCUAAUAAGGACUCAUCGCCCGCAGAUUUGUCGCAGGCUUGCUACUAUGUUUCAAAAUAUAGACCAGAAAAGUUUAUUGCUUUCCUGGUUCACCAUUGGCCACAGGAAAGGAAUUCCAUUAUUACAAGCGCUAAACUUCAACAAAAAUUGAGAAAGAUGAAGGUUUUGUGUCAAGGGGGACAAAUGUUUGAACUUGAAGAGACAUACCUUCCUUUCCCAGACCUCUUGUUUCAGUCCGACAGGUUCUUGACAGGGAAAGCUGACUUCCCGUACCUUCAGCUUGAACAACCGAUAGAACGGAAAGAAUACAGCCUGCAUUGGGCUUCCAUGACCGGCAGCCUUGGGAUCAAAAGUACAGUCGAUCUUGAAUUCUACUUGAGGGUUCUGCUUGCAUUCAGCACCGUGAAAUCUCCGACGGAAGACGACUGUCGAAGAGCCUUUGAGCUAUACAGUGCCAUGCAUGGCAAUUACCUCCAGACCAUGUUCAAGGAUUCUAGCAAGAAGGCCAUUCAUUCCCUCUAUGAACGGAGCGGAGUGUAUCUGGGCUCCACUGACCGAUUGCUUGUGGGAAGCCCCUCUAUGCUCGAGAAGCAGACAUCCCCUCAAAGCGCGCAUGAAAGCCUUAUACCAGACUGUGACUAUUCUCAUAUCAUGCGUGAGCUGGAAUACUUGAGCGACAAAGAGGAUUCGGAGCUGGAAAUUGUCUCUGGUCUAUACAAGCGGCUACAUGCUAUGAGCAGGAACCUACCCACGAAGGUCCAGGAGGAUAUCAAAUCGGUAUUCGUCAACAAAAACCUUAUCUAUGCCGAGAAGGGGGGGCAUGGAACCUGGCACCAAGUGGCCAAGUGCCUGUGGGCGAGCGAAAGCGAGCUCCCAGGGUGGGCAAUUCUCAAACCUCAUUACAAGGGUUUGUACAAAUUCUUCGUGAAUUUCCUCGGUGUCAAGACUCUGAGCGUAGAGCUGGUCUACAGUGAGCUUGACCGUUUGGGCUCAUCCUCAAAUACCACCCGAGACCAGGUUGAGCCCAACAUUUGGAUCCUCAACUCGUACAUCUCGGCAGGCUCUCAGCCCCCAGACCCAAAGACACUUCUUUGGAGAAGGAUCUUCCCAGUUCGGCACCCAGACGGUCAUGUCCAGCUUGAGACAGCAACGGCGGAGUUUGCCAUCGUCGAUCGUACCCAGCUGGGGGACAUCUUCAAGCCCAUGGCCAAAACAUUGGACUUUGGCCUUGAUCAAGUUCGAAGACUUGGACCUACUCUCAACUGGCUAGGUUUGGGGAAGAGACACCUUUCAGAGGCGGUCCGGGAGGUUUCUCGAAUACGGGGAGCUAGCGAGGAGCCUCUCUCCGCCCCUGUAUGGAGCAUCAAGCCCAGAGCGCAUGCACUGUACCGCAUUGCAUACCACUACAACAGUCCGCGACUCUGCCAGGGCGCCGAUAUCCUCUACGAGACUCUCAAGAACGCGCAAGUCUACGAAACCGACGGAAUUGCGGCAACACUGUACAUCAACCAAGAUGGCCACGAAAGAUCCUACGAAAAAGCCCAAAGCGAUCUUCACAUCGAGGAGGAAGGAGGGCAACUUAACAUCUUUGUUCCUCGCUCCAAGAGGAGCAAAGAGUCAUGCUACGCGAGGAAGCUUCCUUUGGGUCUCUUUAGAUGGCUCAUGAAUCCUCUAGACGGGAGCCGGGUAGCACUGGACGAGAAAGGACUCAGAGUCACAGCAAGCGUGCUCAAUUCCAGUCACUCUGUUCUAUCUGAUAUCUUGGAGGAUGAGGGAAUCGCUCCCGGUGAACUAGAGGACAAUUACGAAGAGGUCGAGGAGACCGAAGAGGUUGAGGGAGAGCAGGCCAUUGAAGGACGUCUUGUGGCUGAGAAGACUCACAUUGUCGAAGAAUCCUACAUUGUCGGAGAUGUUGUUAGCUCUUCGGAUGAGGAUCCAAUUGCUACCCCAGCCUUGGUCGAAACGGAAGCUGAGGGGACUCCUGGCCUGGAAACCCCUGUUUCGUCAGGACUUGCCACGCCGGGCAGACAAAAGCUUAUUCAUGAGCCUUUCUUUACCCCAAGCACAGUCAAUCGAGAAAUGGCUACAGGCCUUACAGUUUGGCACCAACCGACAAGGCCAACGCGAUUCUCUGUCUCCGACCUUACUCCGGAUCUCAGCUACAUUGAAGCAAGAAGUGAUUUAACCAUCACCAGGCACCAACCGGCCACUCGACCUAUUCUUGAUUUGCCUGCCCUAGUUGGCCAGGAGACGGCCCAGUAUCAGACCCUGCUGGAGCGGGUUGUAGCCGCUGCUCGGGGAAGUCCCAGGCUCCCAUCCCAGGGGGCAUAUGACAUGACUGGAAUGUCGCAUGCCCUACCUGAUGUUAUGGACCAUAGCAGCUAUGAUGCGUUCGACCAGUUCUUGCCAUUCCGGUCUUCAUCCCAGCAGGAGCGUGACAGAAAGAUCGGUGCCGCUGGUGAACUCUAUGUGUUUGAGCUAUUGAAGAACCUGAGUCCUGGGCUCCCUGGCUUCUCCAUGCAAAACUGGAGGAGCACGAUCCGGAAAUAUGUCUCGGCGCAUCCAGACUAUACCGACAUUCAGCCCUGGAAUCACAGAGAGACUUCAGACCUCGAAUACAAUGACAGAGAAGGCGCUCUGACUGAGUUGAUGAUCGAAAAUGGGUACCUGGAGAGAGAUAUCUGGCAGAACAAGAAGCCAAGGUAUUGUCUAGAGGUCAAGACCACGACGGGACCAUGCGGAGCUCCUUUUUACAUGAGCAAGAGUCAAUACAGAUUGAUUCACGAGUGUCAAGACAACAAGGACAAGAUUUAUGUGGUAUUCCGCGUCUAUGAGGUCGAGAAGGCCGCAGUGCAGUUGAGAGUCUAUGUCAACCCGGCAAGGUUGGAGCGUUCAGGACAUCUCGCUUACACCGCCGAGACUUGGUCUGUGACGCCUGGUACAGGAGCCUAG